GGCGCCGGGUGGGGGGUACUGUGGUGUGCACGCAGGCAGAAGACUUGACAACAACCCAGAGAGUCCAUGGCUUCUUUUCCCGCUCAGCCAAGAUGCGUUUGGAUGUUGCUGGUCGGCGCCUGCGUGUCGCUGGUGCUCGGAACGGACUGCGGGAAGGAGUGUGCGCUGUGCGUCUACCACCUACUGGGACAAGACCCCCUGCUGGGACCAGACCCCGGUUCUACCCUGCAGACAUGCUCCCUUGAGUGCGACGGUGAGUUGGACAGCCAGAAGCUCCGCCUCUGCUGGGAGAUCCUACUGGAGGAAGAAAGCCACGUUCCUCUCGGCGGGGACGUCCGACCACAAGAAGAAUCCGAGUCAACCGGCAUCAUCCGCGAGGAUGAAACGUCACCGGCACACCAACUGACCAAAAAGUAUGGCGGCUUCAUGAAGCGCUACGGGGGCUUCAUGUCUCGGCGCUCUUCUUCGGAAGGCCUGUUCGGCGAUUCCGCGAAUAGCGACAAGGAGGAACGCGCUCGGUUGGUUAUCCUUAAAAUCCUAAACGCGGCGCACGACGGGGAGGGCGGAGACGACGCGGGCGAGGCGGCGAAGCGCUACGGCGGCUUUAUGAGGCGCGCCGACGACACGGAGGUUCAGGGCGACCUGCUGGAGGCGGUGUUAGGCCGCGGGUUGAGAAAGAGGUACGGGGGGUUCAUGAGGCGUGUGGGCAGACCCGAGUGGCUGGUGGACAGCUACAAGAACGGGGGCGCUUCGAAGCGUGCAUGGGAAAAUGGCGACCUCCAGAAAAGGUAUGGGGGCUUCAUGGACUAGGAGCCUGCUUUUAUGACCCCCAUACCGAUUUUUUUUAUCAAACCCAUCCAGCUUUGUACAAUGUGCUGCUGCCUCCGUCAGCCACUGCUUCUUCAGUGAGUCCUGUGAUGACAUUAAAUAUAUGCAUAUAUCCAAAGCAUUUUUUUGGACAUAUUAUUUAUUAAAAGGUUGUG